UACAAAGAGAAGUUUCCUUGUGAAAAUUUAUGGUGAACCCAGAGUGUAAUUUUGAUAGUUUAAAUAUAUUAUACACUUGUUUUUUCAUUUGCAGGAUAUUUGAACUUAGAUGCUUGCACAUUCCUUUUCACGACCGCACACCAUUCGAAGAACUUGUCACAAUGGUAGAAGAUGUUUUGAGGGCAGAGCAUUCCACUUCUCCUAAUAAGCCCAUCUAUCUAUUGGGGAAUUCCUUUGGAGGAUGCUUAGCUCUUGCAGUUGCUGGUCGCAAUCCCCGUAUUGAUUUGAUACUGGUACUAGUCAAUCCAGCUACUUCAUUUGAGAGGUCAGACAUAAAAAAGCUUCUGUCAGUUUUCAGCUCGAACAACGCCUAUAUUGCAAUUACAGCUCUACUGAACUACAACAUCGGUAAGUACCUUGUAGGGUCCAGCAUAUAAAAUUGAAGAAAUAACAUGUAUUGAAAUGAGCUACUAGAAAUUAACCAAGAACGGCGACGCAUUUGUUGGACUUAAGGUUGUCUGAUAAUUAGCAUGAUAUACACCUGUUUACAUCUUUUCUUUAAGUUUUUUGUACUUGCUUCUUCUGUUCU